CCUUGAGCCCUCCGCCUUCCCGCCCCGCCUCUUGCGCACUGUACAUUCAUAUCAUUUUUCUUCUCUGGUCCCAUGGAGGAAGUGAGAAAGUUGGCACGGUCACCCAGGGCUUCGCAGGACCCAGUCACUCAGUGACAGAUGGACAAUGCAAGAAUGAGCUCCUUCCUGGAAUACCCCAUCCUUGGCAGUGGCGACUCCGGGACCUGCUCUGCGCGAGCCUACCCCUCUGACCAUGGGAUUACAACUUUCCAAUCGUGCGCGGUCAGUGCCAACAGCUGCGGCGGCGACGACCGCUUCCUAGUGGGCAGGGGGGUGCAGAUCAGCUCUCCCCACCACCACCACCACCACCACCACCACCAUCACCACCCCCAGCCGGCUACUUACCAGACUUCUGGGAGCCUGGGGGUUUCCUACUCCCACUCGAGUUGUGGUCCAAGCUAUGGCGCGCAGAACUUCAGUGCGCCUUAUGGCCCCUAUGGAUUAAAUCAGGAAGCAGACGUAAGUGGUGGGUACUCCCCGUGCGCUCCCGCUGUUUACUCUGGAAACCUCUCAUCUCCCAUGGUCCAGCAUCACCACCACCACCACCAGGGUUAUGCUGGGGGCACGGUGGGCUCGCCUCAGUACAUUCACCACUCUUAUGGACAAGAGCACCAGAGCCUGGCCCUGGCCACGUAUAAUAACUCCUUAUCCCCUCUCCACGCCAGCCACCAAGAAGCCUGUCGCUCCCCUGCUUCAGAGACACCUUCUCCAGCACAGACCUUUGACUGGAUGAAAGUUAAAAGAAACCCUCCCAAAACAGGGAAAGUUGGAGAGUAUGGCUAUGUGGGUCAGCCCAACGCAGUGCGCACCAACUUCACCACCAAGCAGCUCACCGAGCUGGAGAAGGAGUUCCACUUCAACAAGUACCUGACACGAGCGCGCAGGGUAGAGAUAGCCGCGUCCCUGCAGCUCAACGAGACCCAGGUGAAGAUCUGGUUCCAGAAUCGCCGCAUGAAGCAGAAGAAGCGUGAGAAGGAGGGGCUCCUGCCCAUCUCUCCAGCCACUCCUCCUGGAAGCGACGAGAAAGCUGAAGAAUCUUCUGAGAAAUCCAGCUCCUCGCCCUGUGUUCCUUCUCCGGCAUCAUCUACCUCAGACACCCUGACUACCCCUCAUUGAGGUCACUCCAGCCCAACUCCGCAGUCCAGGCUUCUCCCUGGGCUGGGGUUUCUUACCCAAAGCACAUCUUUAGCUUAUCUUUCUUUCUUUACAGUAUCUCUUUUCCUUUCUGGUUCAUUCCAGGGAGCUCUUGGCCAAGAUAAUGUAGUUCCAGAAAAUUCUGGAGACUUGGUUGGAAGUUAAAUCCUUAAUCCACAUCGGGUGCCCAUAUCAAUUUCCGGUGGCCCCCAACAUUCCUUCCUCACUGUUGUGAGAGCUUUCUUCUCACACAAUCUAUGGUUCUUUUCAGAUGUCCUUCGGAGGACAGCUCCCUUCGCCAGCAGGCAUUUGCGGAAGGGAAGCACCUCAUCUUUUAUCUGUGUAUUGUUCUUCUCUACCUGGCUCUUAAGUAGGACACACACACAAAAAGAGAGUAUCCGAAGGCUCAUGAAGAAGAGAUUCACUGAAUGUGUUUACACAAUUAAUCCACCCCUUAACUUUAUUGAUUUCAUAUGUGUGAGUUUGCUGGCUCUUAAUGCUUUCUCUCGAGAGAUUUAUCUUUAUACAGAUUUUCUAGAAAUAUGUACAACUAUAUCAAGCAGGGUGGGCAAACUCCCAAAACUGGUCCAGUUUAUGUGUGAUUAUGGGUGAAAAGGGGGAGGAAAUCCUCUCAUUCAAACAGAACCAGAUGCCUCAGAAGGUAGCUUCAAUUUGUUCUUGCAAAGUCAAGAAGGCUUGAGAAGCCCAAAGUUCAGAAGCUUUGCUGUGCCAAUUCUUCCCAAACUACCGAUUUCUUCUUGCUUCUCUGGCCACCCUCCAUUUAAAAAGUGUGCUGGAUUAUUUGUAACCUAAAGGUACUCUUUUCAAUCACCCUUUCUUUCCACAGCUAUCUUGGCUGGAUACAAUGUAUUUUCAGCUAAUUGUUAAUGUGAUGGCACAAUGAAUGUAUAUUUUGUGUGAUUCGUGAAUAGUCUUCUGCAUGUCGCACAAUGUUUUGAUGUCCCUGAAGUACCACACUGAGUUCUAUCAGUUAUCCUUUGUGAGUCUAUGAUAGCCCCCCUUUCCUGUACAAUCAUGAACAGCUCUGAGAUCCUGGAGGGUUGUGAUCCAGAGCAGAGUUUACGGGUCUUAAGAUGUCUGUAAUAAAAAUAUUCAAGUUUCGGGUA